AUGUCGUCAGUAUUCAAGCUGGUUGACGACUAUUACAUCUUCAACACCUUAAUUUCAACUCCAAUCAUUACUGCGAAAUUGAUGGAUGGUCGUGAGGCUAGCACGAUAGGUUUGCCGAACGUGAAACGCUGCGUGAUUCAUGCGGACGAGAAGCGUGGCGAUGAGUAUAGUAUCAUUGUGGAAGGCGGCGAUUUCCGUGGUGUACUUUCUCAGCCAGGAAUCGAUGGCCCUUUCACAAACUUCAACAAUGCCCUUUUCGUUGCUUAA